AUGCUGCGCGUACUCCGAGUCAUGCGCCGUUCAAACCACUCUCGCCGUCACCUCACCCGCUGCUCUCCGUGUUGCGUAGCUCGUUGCUUCCGUCUCGUCCUCGUCGCAGCAUGCCUCGCUGCAUGCAGCGCGCAGCGCGGAGCGGCGCGGCCAGGGUCGAUCCUGGCGGGGUUCGAGUACCCGGAGCAUGUGUGCGGGGUGGCGUGGCGCGACGAGUACGUGCAGCUGCACGCGCGCAUCAGAGCCGCCAGCCGCGACGCGUGGCGCGCGCGACAGCCACCAGAUGCUCCAUCUCCGGCGCCUUCGCCUUCGCCUUCGCCAGCGCCAGCGCCCGCCGCAUCACACGAAUCGCCGCCGCUUGCCUCCGCGCCGCCGCCACAGCCCGCCGCCACGUCGCGCAGGCGCCUGGCGGACCACUACCCCCCCGACAUCGACAAGCCCGCGGAGCCUGCAGCAGCGGACGACUCCGCAGCACCUGACGCGCCGCCGGCAGUGCGGUUUCUGACGUACGACUGGUACGGCACGUGCGGGGGAAUCGGUGACUACCUCAUCGGGCUCGUCUCCAUCUUCCCCGCCGCGCUGCUCGACCGCCGCGCGCUGCUCGUGGCGCAGCCCUGCAUGCACGCCGCGUUCCGCUCGCCACACAUCGACACCGCGCUCUCCCCCGACGUGCCCAUGGGCGGCCACCCGCUGCUGCGCGCCACGCCCCUGGACGCCCUCAGCAGCGCGGACGCCAUCGCUAGCGCCAGCGCUGGCGACAGCGACGGUGAGGGCGAGGGCGGCGAGAACGGUCCCCGGGUGGAGUGGCACGCGCCGCCGUGCGAGCGGCUGGAGGGGAACCUGAGCGCUGACGUGGCGGACAGCAGUGCAGUGCCGUGCUUCAACAUGGUGGGGCAGACGUUUGCGAUUGGGGACCUGCAGCGGCACAGCAGGCUGAGCAACUACCGCAUGCGGUACAACCACGGGCUGCUCAUCUCCACUCUGCUGCUGGACGACGGGCCCUGGGCUGCCGCGCUGAGGCGGCUGGGGUUCAAAAUCGCGUACGGGUUCGGAUGCAUCCUCAGAUUCCUCUUCAGUCCGCGGCCUGAGGUGUGGCAGCUGGUGGCGGGGAUGGAGGAGCACGUGUGGGGCGAGGGCGUGGUGCGCGUGGCAGUGCACCUGCGCGUGCCGGACCAGACCGUGUGGCACUUUGAGGGCGCACCCCUGGACACGUCACAGCAGCAGCUGGAGGAGCUGCUGGCCGAGGCCAACAGCACGCUGCAGUGCGCUCAGACAGUGGAGGAUUUCUGGUAUCCGCCGCCCCUGCAGGUGAAGUGGAUUCUCAUCACCAACUCGCAUCCGCUCAAGCAAGUGCUCAAAGCCAAGUACCCACAUAAGGUGGUAGCGACAGACUUCAUCCCAUGGCACUCGGAUCGAGCCACGGAGCACGAGAACACAGACCUCACCUCGCCGGAGGAGCGUGAGGCGGCGCUGCGAGGCCUGCAGCACUUCCGCGAGACGGUGGCGGAGUGGGCGCUCGUGGCGUCGUGCCACACCUUCAUCAUCCCCGCCUCGGGCUUCUCCCGCACGGCGGCCCUCUAUGCCCUGCGCCCGCUCGACAUGCAUGCGGGCAUGUGGGUCUCUGGGCAUGUGGGCAUCGUGCGCAUGCCCAUUGUUGCCCUGUGGCCCGCCAUGGGCUGCUGGGCCGCGUCGGGCACGUGGGACAUGUGGGGCAAGGGGGCACGUGCGGUGUUGGCUGCUCAUACACGCGCCAUGGACGCCAGCAUUCGUCUCCCGCCGCUAGCGAACAUCCUCCGCCUAAUCGAUCGCACCUAUUCGCCCCCGUGCAUCGACCUGCACGGGCUCUCCGCCGACUCUCUCUCCGCGCGCGUGGCGAGCUUCCCCGUUGCGCUCAUUACGGGCCGCGAGCCCCUCGAGAGCGCCGUGCCCAAGGUGCAGAAGCUCGCAGAGGUUUGCCGCGGUUUGGCGGAGGCGGAAGCGAGUGGCGCGGGGGGGAGCGGCGGAGCGGAGCGGAAGCUGCAAGUGGUGGUGCUGGUCCAAUCAGACGUGGAGGAGAAAGAGGUGCAGCAGUCGCUCUUAAAGCUCGCGGCGAAAGAGAGGCUCCCAAACGGCCCCACGGGUCCCGCGAUUCCAUCGCAGCCGCCGUGGAUCGCGGUGCCGUGCGUGCCGUCAGAUGUCGAGUCGCUCGAAGGAGUUCUUACCGAGGCCGCGCAGACGCUCUCCGUGGCGCUCGAUAUAGUCACGUCGUCGGCGGACGGGCUCGCGUUGUUCGACAGCACGGGCCGCCCGUUAUUAAGGCGCGGCGCGGAGGUUCUAGAAGCGUACGGCAGCGACGCGUGGCCGUUCACUCCGGCGCGAAUCGCGGAGCUGGAGGCGGCGAAAGCCGAUCGCGACGCGAAGGAGCAGCAGCUCGGCGCGCUUCUCGCGACGAACGAUCGCGAUUGGCUGCUACGAGGCGGCGGCGGUGUAGGUGGCGGUGGCGGCGAGUCAGGAGAGCCGUUGGAUGCGGAGCUGGCUAAGGAACGAAUCGCGGAUAGCCUGGCGGGGAAGCGCGUGGUGGGGCUUUAUUUCGGCGCGGCUUGGUGCCCCCCGUGCGAGCCGUUGCUGCAGCGACUGACGUCCGCGUAUCACGGGAUCAGCGAGAAACACGGGAAGCACGCUCUGGAGGUGGUUUAUGUCUCGUGUGACACUAACGAGCGGGAGUUUCUCGAAUCGGUGAAAGGGGUGCCGUGGCUGGCCGUGCCGUUCGCGGAUAAGGCGACCAGAGACGCGCUAGUAGAAAGGUUUUCGUCCAAAGCCAUCCCCUCUAUAGUGUUCCUCGAUAACUCCGCAGCAGCUACCGCAGCAGAGGCAGCAGCGGAGGGUGCAUGGAACGAGGCGAUGUUGAGGCACCCAACACCGACCAUCACGAGGGAUGGACGCGAUGUGAUCAUGGAAGUGGGCGCGGAGGGGUUUCCGUUCUCAGCUGAGCAUGUGGAACGGGCCAGAGCUGCUAAGUAG